AUGUCUGUUAAAAGUUUUCUCUGUGACGAUGGCAAUAACGAUGACGAUAAAGAUGAAGAUGACGAUGACGAUAACGAUGACGAUGCCGAUAACGAUAACGAUAAAGAUGAAGAUGACGAUGACGAUAACGAUGACGAUGCCGAUAACAAUAAUGAUGACGAUAUCGAAAAUUAUAUUUUAAACGAUAACGAUGACGAUGCCGAUAACAAUAACGAUGACGAUAUCGAAAACGAUGACGAUGCCGAUGACAAUGACGAUAACGAUAACGAUGAAGAUGAAGAUGACGAUGACAUUAACGAUGACGAUGCUGAUAACAAUAAUGAUGACGAUAUCGAAAAAUAUAUUUUAAACGAUAACGAUGACGAUACCGAUACUGAUAACGAAGACGAUGACGAUGCCGAUGAUGAUGCCGAUAACAAUAACGAUGACGAUGCCGAUAACGGUAACUGUAACGAUAUCGAUGCCGAUAAAGAUAAAGAUAAAGAUAAAGAUAAAGAUAAAGAUAACGAUGACGAUAACGAUAAAGAUAAAAAUAGAAAUAGAAAUAGAAACAGAAAUAGAUAUAAAGAUAGAGCUAAAUAUGAAUAUGUUCAACCCAAAAGAUAG